AUGGACACCGCGACUAACAACACCACGCACCAUCACCUUUAUCAGAAUGAUAAUACUACAAACUCAACCUUUGACUCAGAGGACGAGCAUGAUGAUUUAGGUUAUGACAUUACUGAAUUCGAUUUAGAUGUGGUCGACGAUGCACUUCUGAACCCUAAUAGCAAAGAAUAUAUGGAUCAUUUCGGAUUUAGAAUACAAGUCAGAACAGACGAUGAAGAGUCGAGCGAUGACGGCUCGAUGAGCGAUUACAGUCCAGUUUCUGUUGGCCAUCCACAACAACAACAACAACAUCAAGAAGAGCAGCAUAAAGAUAGCUUAGAUAAUGAAGACGAGGAAGAUGUUGUUAUCAAAAGAGCGACAAGAACCAAUUUCUCGCCCAUAUCAACAACUACUUCAAUGACACCCACGACCACCACUACUACUACCACCACUGCUAGAACAACAACAACAGCAAAUAACAGAAGUGAUUACAAACGUUUGUCACAUCAAGAGCAUAAGCUUGAUUCAGAUGAACAUCUAGCGUUGAAGAAAGACGCUUUAGCCUAUCUAAAGCAACUGAAAGAGCAAGAUCAAGGAUCCAAUGAUAAGAGUCAUAUAGAUUGGACCUUCUGGGAGUCGGUCAUCCAUAACUUUGGAGAUAUAGUUGAAAAUCAGUACGAUAAAAUACAGGAACAUCUUAUUCACGGCAUACCCUCCCUACUUCGCGGCUAUCUAUGGCAAAUAAUUUCUAAAUCGGCUGAUCAAACCUUUAGAAUGAAAGAUAGUGACAACAUGGCCUAUUAUACAGAUAUAUUAGUUAGAAAAAGCACCAGUCAUUUUGAAAAACAAAUUCAAAGAGAUGUUCCGCGUACUUUCCCGGGACACCCAUUUUUUCAGACAGAAACAGGGAGACGAUCUUUAUUCAAUGUCGCAAAAGCCUACAACAAAAUGGAAUACGCUGCGUUUUGCAUCCUGGUCAAACUUAUGGGCAAGUAUGGUUUACGAGGCCAUUUUACACCACAUAUGGACCUACUACAUCAACAUCUUUAUCAAUUUGACAACGUGUUUCAGCAAAAGUUACCGGUUGUGCAUCGUCAUUUAGAAAGAGAAGGGGUCACACCCUCCAUGUAUGCUUCUCAAUGGUUCAUCCCUCUAUUUUCUUAUUGUAACCAACAACAACAAAAACAAGUCUUUUCUCAACCAUGGAUGGAAUUUUUGUUCCGCAUCAUGGAUUUGCUGUUGGUAGAGGGUACACAUAUAUUGAUCCAAAUCGCAUUGGCUUUGGUGAUACGGAACCAAGACAAGUUAUUAGGAAUGAAGUUUGAGCGUUUGGUAAGCUUUUUGUGUCAUGACAUUUUUUCUGUCUAUAUCCAUGCUACCGAAGAGGGUGCAGUCGUAGUGGAUGUUGACCAGUUUGUACAAGAUGUUUAUCGAGUGGAGUUGCCACCAAAAUUCAUGGCAAGAUUGGCGCAACAAUACUGGAACCAACAACAGCAGCAUAGUGUAGGUGGCCUCGAAAAUCUUCGUCGUAUCAACGGUCAACUCUCUGAGCAUAUUCGAUCUGUUGAGGGCACUCUACAAGCUUUGCGUCAGGAAAAUCAGGAAUUAACCAACCAAGUCAUCAGCAGUAAAAUGGAUAUGGCUCGUACAGAAGAUGAGAAAGAGCAAUUACGGUACGAAUUAGCACAAGUGAGAGCUGAGUUUGAGCAAUAUAAACAAGAAGAAAAUGCCCAGUUGGUUCAAAAGAACGUGGCUCUAGCGAGCCAGCUGACCGAGACAGAAACCAUGCUGAUCGAAUUGAAGAUGCAGUUUGCAGAGCGAGAAACAGCAACAGACGCUGCUCAGCGCUUCGGCAACAGAGGGGGAAGGAACAAUAGCGAGCUGCUGAAAGAAUACCCAUUUCGUUUGAAUUUCUAUUUAAAGGUACCGACAUCUGAAAUCACCAUUGAAGAAUUUGAGACUUUUGCUCUCGAUCGAUUACAAGGAGAUUUGUAUAUAGAAAGACGUAAAGAUCAUAUCAGUCAUUUUGUGUUAAGAAUGGCCUAUUGUCGAAAUUUAGAUCUACGUAAAUGGUUUGUGAAUCAAGAAUUGGCAUUAUUCAAAAUUCGUUUUGAUCAAGAAAGCAUGGAGGAAAAAAAACGAUUUUUGGCUUCACUCAACCUGAACUGGGAAAUGAUUUCAAUGGAAGAAAAAGAAAGCCUAAGAAAAGAGCUUACUACCUGCUCUCGAUGCAAACCAGGCAUCAAUGCAGAUGACUACGUUACAAACGAAACGUUUUUCAAAGUCGACUUUUGGAAAGUGCCCGAACUUGUAGGCACCCGCUCUGUCUUUGUCAAACGUGGUAAAGCCUACGUUCCAAUGAAAGAACAAGUCAAUUUAGUGAUGACCGAGUUUAGAAAUUACCUCGAGCGCGCUCUGAACGCGACUAGUAAGAUUUUGCCUCGAUUAGAAGAAGACGAUAGACUGAAACCUAUUCUUCAAAAUGUCGAGAAACAAUAUGUGGGCAAAAUGUACAAUGGGGAGGACGCCGGAUCGGAUGGUCAUAAAAUUAAAGCGAGUGAAGUGGAUGCACUGGUGAAAGCGCACGCACCGUUGGGCAUGCGCCAUUUACAUAACGUGUUGCGCGCCAAGAAACAUUUAAAGCAUGGUGGUCGUUUACAGUACGGCCUUUUCUUGAAGGGUAUUGGAUUACCAUUGGAAGAGGCGCUAAUCUUUUGGAGACAGGCAUUUUCAGAGAUUACAGAUGACAAAUUCAGAAAAGAGUAUCAGUAUAAUAUUCGACAUAUGUAUGGUUUGGAGGGUUCACGUCAUAAUUAUAAACCGUUCAGUUGUAUGAAGAUUAUAACAAGUAACCAGCCAGGACCGGGCGACGAUCAUGGUUGUCCUUACAAACAUUGGUCGCCACAGAACCUGGAAGCAGCUCUGAGGAAAGACGGUCUCAAUAAUCAACAAGUGCAAGAAAUUUUAGAACUGUCGCGUAAUAAACAUUAUCAGGUUGCAUUGACACGACACUUUGAAUUCCUACAUCCCAAUAUGAAGCAGAAGAUUGAUACUAUUGAACAUCCGAAUGAGUACUACGAGCUAAGUAAACAAUAUGCAGAAGAACAACAGCAACAACCGUCAUCAGAAGACGCUCAGAUGGAGGUAGUAGAAGAAGAAGGGGCUGCUACAGAGAGAGCAGUGUCAGCGGAAGAAGAAGCUAGAAUAGAAAAAAUGUUAGCAGAUGAAGAGGCGUUAUUAGACGAAACCAUGGAUAUUGAAGGAUUAACCAUUGGCAGUUAA